CACUGACAACUUCAAAGCAAAAUGAAGUUCUUUCUGCUUGUUUCUCUCCUUGGGUUCUGUUGGGCUCAAUAUGACCCACAAACUCAAUACGGGCGGACUGCUAUUGUCCACCUGUUUGAGUGGCGCUGGGUUGAUAUUGCCAAGGAAUGUGAGCGAUACUUAGCUCCUAAGGGAUUUGGAGGGGUGCAGGUAUCUCCACCCAAUGAAAAUAUUGUGGUUUAUAAUCCAUCAAGGCCUUGGUGGGAAAGAUACCAACCAAUUAGCUACAAAAUAUGCACAAGGUCUGGAAAUGAAGAUGAAUUCAGAGACAUGGUGACAAGGUGCAACAAUGUUGGUGUUCGUAUUUAUGUGGACGCUGUUAUUAAUCACAUGUGUGGAGCAGGUGGUGGUGCAGGAACAAGCAGUACCUGUGGAAGUUACUACAAUGCUAAUAACAGGGAAUUCCCAUCAGUUCCAUACUCUCGUUGGGAUUUUAAUGAUGGUAAAUGUGAUGGAGAAAUUUCUAACUACAAUGAUGCUAAUCAGGUCAGAAAUUGUCGUCUGUCUGGCCUGCUGGACCUUGCACUUGAGAAAGAUUAUGUUCGUACCAAAGUGGCUGACUAUAUGAACCAUCUCAUCGACAUUGGUGUAGCAGGGUUCAGACUUGAUGCUGCUAAGCACAUGUGGCCUGGAGACAUAAAGGCAGUUUUGGACAAACUGCAUAACCUAAAUACAAAAUGGUUCUCUCAAGGAAGCAGACCUUUUAUUUUUCAAGAGGUCAUUGAUUUGGGUGGUGAGGCCAUUAAAAGUAGUGAGUACUUUGGAAAUGGUCGUGUGACAGAAUUCAAGUAUGGAGCAAAACUAGGCACAGUUAUCCGCAAGUGGAAUGGAGAGAAGAUGUCUUAUUUAAAGAACUGGGGAGAAGGCUGGGGUUUUGUGCCUACUGACAGAGCCCUUGUGUUUGUGGACAACCAUGAUAAUCAGCGAGGGCAUGGAGCUGGGGGAGCAUCCAUCCUGACAUUCUGGGAUGCUAGAAUGUAUAAAAUGGCAGUUGGAUUUAUGUUGGCUCAUCCUUAUGGAUUCACACGAGUGAUGUCAAGUUACCGUUGGGCAAGAAACUUCCAGAAUGGAAAAGAUGUGAAUGACUGGAUUGGACCACCUAAUAACAAUGGAGUAACAAAAGAAGUGACAAUUAAUCCAGACACCACUUGUGGCAAUGACUGGGUCUGUGAACAUCGAUGGCGUCAAAUAAGGAACAUGGUUGCCUUCAGAAAUGUAGCCAAUGGUCAACCUUUCUCAAACUGGUGGGAUAAUGGCAGCAACCAAGUAGCUUUUGGCAGAGGAAACAGAGGAUUUAUUGUCUUUAACAAUGAUGACUGGGCUUUGUCAGCAACUUUACAGACUGGUCUUCCUGCUGGCACAUACUGUGAUGUCAUUUCUGGAGACAAGAUUGAUGGCAAUUGCACUGGAAUUAAAGUCAAUGUUGGCAGUGAUGGCAAAGCUCACUUUUCUAUUAGUAACUCUGCUGAAGACCCAUUUAUUGCAAUUCAUGCUGAAUCAAAACUGUAAGACUCAAAUUAAAUAAAUAUAGAGAGCAUCAA